AUCUGUCAAAAGCAUGCAAUGCGAAGAGUGGUAGUAACAGGCCUUGGACUCGUAACGCCCCUCGGGAUAGGUGUUCGCCGAACAUGGAAAGGGCUUCUAGACGGCAAAUUCGGCAUCGUUUCUAUCAAAGACAAGGGCCCUCAAUUUGCGAAUCUACCUAGCCAAAUCGCAGGAUUGGUUCCCGAGGGUAGGAAGGAAGAUGGGAAGUGGAAUGCUAAGGAGUGCUUGAGACCUGGGGAUGAACGAAGGAUGGCCAGAUUUGCUCAGUACGCCAUGGUGGCCUCAGAAGAGGCUCUGAAAGAUGCAGAAUGGAUGCCAAGCCAGGAGGAGGAUCUUCAGGCAACAGGCGUCUAUAUGGGAUCUGGGAUUGGGAGUCUAGAUGAUGUGUACGAGACGACGAUAUCUUUCGAGAAAGGGGGCUAUAGAAAAGUCUCUCCUCUCUUCGUCCCUCGCCUCUUAAUCAACCUCGCUGCAGGGCAUGUGUCCAUGCGAUUCGGCUUCAAAGGUCCAAAUCAUGCAGCAACAACAGCUUGUACAACAGGUGCCCAUAGUAUCGGAGACGCAGCACGACUAAUCCAAUUUGGCGAUGCAGAUGUCAUGAUUGCGGGCGGUGCUGAGUCGUGCAUACAUCCACUUGCUAUAGCGGGAUUUGCCAGAGCCAGGAGUCUAGCAACAGAUUGGAACGAAAAUCCAGAGGAAUCAAGCAGGCCCUUUGAUAGAGACAGAGCAGGAUUUGUCAUCGGGGAAGGUGCAGGUGUUGCUGUGUUAGAGGAGCUUGAACAUGCAAAAGCACGAAGCGCAAAUAUCUACGCCGAGGUCUCUGGGUACGGCCUUUCCAGCGAUGCAUACCACAUGACCGCCCCUCGCGAAGACGGCCAAGGGCCACUUCUAGCAAUGAAGCACGCUCUCCGCCAUGCGGGCCUCAAGCCUGGCGCUGUGGACUAUAUCAAUGCGCAUGCUACUAGCACUCCGUUAGGCGAUGCCGCGGAAAACCGAGCAAUCAAGGAACUGCUUCUUGGUGAAGACGGGAAACAGAAAGCUUCUGAGAUCAAUGUGAGUAGCACUAAAGGAGCCAUUGGACACUUGCUAGGUGCCGCUGGAAGCGUUGAGGCGAUAUUCACGGUUUUAGCGUUGUAUCAUAACACACUUCCACCAACUUUAAACCUUGACAACCCUGGCGAUCCCCCAGAAACCUUCGAUUGCAACUAUGUUCCGCAUAUAGCGCAGCAGAAAGAUCUUCAUGUCGCUCUUUCAAAUAGUUUCGGCUUCGGAGGCACCAAUGCCUCGCUCUGUUUCAGCAAAAUGUAA